AUGCGGAAGAUCUGGGACCUUCCAAAACGACGCAUGGUGAACAAUCUGCGGGAACAUCUGGCAAGAGUAUGGGGACUAGAGAUAUCUGUGGAUGGACAUCUACUGGUAUCUGUUUCUGAUGACAUGACCCUACGAGUGUGGGGAUUGCAUGACGGUACUAUGGUCCGGAACAUUCAGACGAACACAGCGCCAGCUUCACUUGGACUCGCGCCAGAUGGGCGCCUUGCCGCAGUAUCAUCCGCAGAAAGUGGGAUGGUUGAUGUGUGGGACAUUGAUGCUGGCUCACGCUUAACACGUCUGGAGGGUCACAACUCAUGUGUGCGCAGUAUCGCCUUCACGCCCGAUGGUGUUGGGAUUGUGACCGCAAGUGAUGAUGAAACACUCAAGUAUUGGGAUUUAACAUCGUUUCUCAGCCAUCGAGCAGCCGCCGUUAGUAUGACUGAAACCGUGGAGUCGAAUUCUGGAGCUUCCAAGCCACUCGAGCAGUCCCUCGAUGCAAAGACUCUUCAUUGUAUUAGAACAUAUACUGGACACAGGAGUGAUGUUUUGGCCACCGCCCUUUCUCGUGAUGGUCGCUGGAUGGCAUCCGGGUCUUCUGGUGGAAAGGUGAACUUGUGGGACGCCAAGACAGCAGCGGUGCAAUUUGUCUUGAACGGUCAUCGCUCUAAAGUGAAGUCGGUCACCUUCAGUCCCAAGGGCGCCAUUUUCGCUACGUGUGGUUGGGAUGGUCGCGUUCGUCUGUGGAAAUACAUCAUCCCGGAAGACGCACAAUCUGCUGCGGGCAUGCGGCCUUCCACAUCUGGCGAAUGGUCGUCUCCCCCAAGUUCGCAGCCCGUAUCCGCGACUUCCCUACCGAUAGACUUGGUGCAUCCUGACGAACCGGAAGAGGUAGUCGCCCCAGUGGUGGUUCGGCACCUUCCUACACCUCUGAGAAUGCCAGAUAUAUCCGACGAUGGAGACCACAGCUCUCUCAACGAAGGGCAACUAAGUCCGCUAACCGGCACUGGUGACCAUUCUGGUGUAGAACAGGACUUGCAGGCUCCUUCCACAUCCCUACGGCGGUCUUCUAUAGGUCUAGAGGCCAUGUCAGCUAAUGCUGCUCAUUAUCCAGCCGGUGUAUCUACCGCUUCCACACACCGUGUAACCUCGUUUUUUCAGUCAAGGAGUCGGACGUUUCUGGUGACGCUGCAGCGGUUAAUUCCUUGUGGGUCAGGAUCCCAGCAUGCUUUCAACAUGGAUUCCGGGCAGUAUGGCGAGCAAAUCCUAUGCAUCAAAUUGAUGGAUUUUAUUCCACUUGUUCGUUAUGUCCCAAUUAAUUCACCGACUGGCACGGACGACGAAGAUUGGGAGGAAUCAGAUCUUGCGGAUGUUCGUCUUGAGGAGCACAACUCAAGAUGCUACUUUUGUCUAGAAGAUUUUAAGCCUCCGAGAAGGAAGUCUGUCCAGGGUUCUCCACCAUCGGACAAUGCUACUGAGCCGCUCAGACAGUACCCAUGCGGUCAUGUAUCACAUAUGUGGAAUAUCGAUGAUCAACAUGACGAGGACACAGCCAUCAGACAUCGAGACAAUGUGCGUGACCUUGUUAUGUCUGGAGACGGACGUCUAGUGGCGUCUGUUUCCGAUGACAAGAUGAUGCGGAUUUGGGAGAAGACCGACGAUUCCCUCGUCCGGACUAUAAAACUCCAUGCCAAACCACUGGCACUAGUUUGUCUGUCUAUGGAUGGAAACUUUGGUGCUGUUGCGCUGGUCAACGGAGAGGUGCUGGUAUGUGCCACGAAGACUGGCGUGACAUUGAGGUGCCUAGAUGCACACAGUGGCAGUUCGUGUGGCAUCAUCUUCACGCCCGAUGGAGCGGGAAUGCUUACAGGUGAUGAGAAUGGGACACUCAAGUAUUGGGACACUGGGUCUCACAUUCGGCUGAGGAAACCAGACAAAAUACGCGCACCAGUUCGAUCAUUCUCGAGACAUACUUCUGGUAUUACUGUGAUAGACGUGUCACCCGAUGGGCGUUGGGUAGCCUCCUGCAGUACAGACGGCGAGCUGUACAUAUGGGAUAUCCGGACAGCGGAACUAGAAUGCACACUGCAAGCCCAUGGAACCCGUCAUACUCAGGAAGCAAAUGCCAACGCACACCCGCCCAAAACUGUGGAAUGGGAGAAAUCAGAUCUCGUAGACGUUUCGCUGGAAGACCAGGACUCGAGGUGCUCCUUAUGUUUAGAAGACUUUCGGCCGCCCAGGCGAAGGUCCUCACGAAACCCAGAAGUGUCGGAGAGCGCAUCCGCGGAAGUGCUCACGCAGUUCCCGUGCGGACACGUUUUCCACUGCAGUUGUGCGGACAAGUGGAUGCGCGAGAACUCGACAUGUUCUUUGUGCAGUAAGGACAUCUAUCCCCCUGAAGGUAUCCAAGAGGGUAGCGACUGGUCUGCGCUGUUCAGCCUCUUUCGGGAGCAGGACGGCCAUCUGCGAAGGGUCGUGGAUGUCGAUCUCUUGCAUGCUGCUCAGCUUCCAUGGAGUGUAGGCAUCUGGGCCUACCUCUGUUUCUCUGCGGAUGACAAGUAUCUCGCGGUGGGAUGCUACUCGCACUCAAUUCGUGUCCUGGAUACAGAGACAGUGUCAGAGAUACGUCUUCUCGAAGAUGUUGGGUUUUCCGCCUUCUGCUUCAGCACAGAUGGCCAGCUUCUCGUUACAGGAGAUAUUCACGGGAUUAUAAAUAUUUGGGAUGCACAAGCUGCGGACCAACCGUCGAAACGUUCUCUACUCGGACAUCAGGACAAGGUGACGGAACUCGACAUAUCGGAGGACGGCCGACUGCUCGUGUCCGUGUCCAAGGACCAGACCCUGCGCGUCUGGGAGACGCACACCGGGAACGUCGUGCAAAUCGUGCAACCCGGCUCCCGCCCGAUCGCCGUCCGUUUUACGCCGGACGGCGCCUCGAUCAAGACGGGGCUGAACGACGGGUCGGUCAAGUUCUGGCAUGUCGGAACGGGCGCAUUGUUGGAGCGCCUGGGGGGGAUCGGCGCAUUUGUGGACAUCUUACUCGUGCUCGGCGGCAACAGCGUGCUUGUCGGCCAAGAUGGCACACUGAGCUUCUGGGACGUGGGUCCGACAACGAGCCCCACGAGUCCGAUGAGCCCCACAAGUCUGAUGCACCCACGAGAAGCCGGCAUCGGCGAAAGCGCACAGGGAAAUCCGAGCCCUGCCUCGUCUCAGACCGAGGACGACGACGAGGAGUUGCAACAGAUGAGCAGCUACACCAACCACACGGGUGUGGUGUGGUCCACCGCUAUGUGGAAGGUCGGGCCGUGGGUCGCUUCCGGCGACGAGAACGGCGAGCUGCACGUCUGGAACGUCCACACGGCGGAGCUGCAGUGUCUCAUACGGGACCGCAACGAGCACAAAGUGAGAGCGCUCGGCUUCAGUCCGAAAGGGACGCUGCUCGGUGCGUGCGAUGCAGACGGGUGCGUCCGCAUAUGGAAAUUCGCCGUAGCGGAACAGCAGCCUGCGGUACCGCAACCUCCUGCGAACACCUCAGCCGCGACACCGCCCGCACCGCGGACGCCGAUGGCGCGGCCUACAGAGGGCACCCGACCGUUCUUGCCAGUGCAGGAUUCGCCUUCGCAGGCAAAGCACGUGGGCUUCAUCGGGAGGCUGCGACAUCUGUUCCUCUGUCAUUCGCUGUCGGCGUAUAUGGAUGAGAAGUGA